CGGGAAGAGCUAUAACGGGACAGAAGCUUCAUAUAUACAUACUGACAUUGGACAGACGACAGCAAGAAUAACACUGCUGUAUUUUGAGAGCCAAAAACAGUAUUGUUGCAACGCAUCUAUACAUUUGCAUUCUGCAUUAGUUCAUUCUGUCAAAUUGCAUCUGAGGAAGAAAAACAUGUUCUACACGUGUGGUCCAAAUGAGGCUAUGGUGGUGUCAGGGUGCCUCCGUUCUCCUCCAGUAAUGAUUGCUGGAGGCAGAGUGUUUGUGCUUCCCUGUUUUCAGAAGAUCCAGAGGAUCUCCCUGAACAUUCUGACGCUGAGCGUGAAGAGUGAGAAAGUCUACACCCGACGUGGGGUUCCCAUCUCGGUCACUGGUAUUGCCCAGAUGAAGAUCCAGGGGCAGAACAAGGAGAUGCUGGCCGCAGCCUGUCAGAUGUUCAUGGGGAAGUCGGAGGGCGAGAUCGCCCAAAUUGCCCUGGAGACGCUGGAGGGCCACCAGAGGGCCAUCAUCGCCCACCUGACUGUGGAGGAGAUCUAUAGGGACCGUAAGAAGUUCUCAGAGGAGGUGUUCAAGGUGGCCUCGUCCGACCUGUUCAACAUGGGCAUCAGCGUGGUCAGCUACACGCUCAAAGACGUUCACGACGACCAGGACUACCUCCACUCCCUGGGGAAGUCCAGGACCGCCCAGGUGCAGAAAGACGCCCGCAUCGGAGAGGCCCAGUUUAAGAGGGAUGCUGUGAUCAGGGAGGCCCAUGCCAAGCAGGAGAAGAUCUCAGCCCAGCACGUCAAUGAGAUCCAGAUGGCCAUGGCUCAGAGGGACUAUGAGCUGAAGAAAGCAUCCUACGACAUCGAGGUCAACACCAAGAAGGCAGAGUCUGAGAUGGCCUACCAGCUACAGGUGGCCAAGACCAAGCAGCUCAUCGAGGAGGAGAAGAUGCAGGUCCAGGUGGUGGAGCGCUCUCAGCAGAUCAUGCUCCAGCAGCAGGAGAUCACCCGCAAGGAGAAGGAGCUGGAGGCCAAGGUGAAGAAGCCUGCUGAGGCCACGAGAUACCAAAUCGAGAAGCUGGCCGAGGCCCAGCGUGCACAGCUCAUUAUGGAGGCUGAGGCAGAGGCAGAGUCCAUUAGGAUUAAGGGAGAUGCGGAGGCCUUUGCUGUGGAGGCCAAGGGGAGAGCCGAGGCGGAGCAGAUGGCCAAGAAGGCCGAAGCAUUCCAGCAGUACAAGGAGGGAGCCAUGGUGGACAUGCUGCUGGAGCAACUACCACUAAUGGCGGAAGAGAUCAGCAGGCCUCUGGCGCAGGCUCAGAAGAUCACCAUGAUUUCCAGCGGGGGUACCGAGGUGGGCGCGGCCAAGCUCACAGGGGAGGUGCUAGACAUCAUGACCCGACUUCCGGCGACGGUGGAGAAACUGACAGGAGUCAACAUCUCACAGGUGACAACUCAUAUGGGCUGAGGACUCCGGUGCUCAGGCAAACCUAUUUCACAACCCUGCCUACUACCACAGCCUUUAACUCUCUCAAGUAUGUUAUGCCAAAAAAAACAUAUGGUGCCCUACGUAAUUAUUGGGACAGUGAAGCAUUUUAUCUUCUUUUGGCUCUAUUCUCCAAAAGUUUGGAUUUGAAAUCAAACAAUGACUGAGGUUAACGUGCAGACGGUCAGAUUUUCAUCCAUAUCGGGUGAACCG